AUGGCUUCUGUCAGUAUAGUGCCUGCAUCUGGUUUGAAAAAUGCCAGUGGCAGCAGUAUUUCUGUAGACAAGUUGCCAGACGAAAUGAAUGACAUGAAGAUAAGAGAUGAUAAGGCAGGACAGGUAUUUUUCUCCCACCUUUGCCUUUCUCUUCCUCUUAUCUCUCUAAUCCCAAUUAGACAGUUUUCAGGCAGCUCAACUUUUCAUGUUUUUAUCAUAGGAAAUGGAAACAGCCUUUGUCGAUGGGAAUGGCACAGAGACGGGCCAUAUCAUCGUGACAACUAUUGGUGGCAGGAAUGGUCAACCUAAGCAGGUACGGUCAAGCCGAACGGGCCAUAUCUCUGUGACAACUUCAGACUGUUUGUUCCUCAAUAACAUCUUCCUGAUUUGUUGUAGACUAUUAGCUACAUGGCCGAGCGUGCCGUUGGUCAUGGAUCGUUUGGAGUUGUUUUCCAGGUUAGCCUCACAACACGAGGAUUUGGAGUAUUUCGUUUGAGGUCUUUCAAGCCGGUUUAUUGUCCGAGCAGAAACUGCAUGUCAGAACAAAUACAAACAGACAUGAUGGCAUUAGAUAAUGAUUCUGAUAAUUUAUCUAUCUUUUUGAAAGGCCAAAUGCCUGGAAACCGGAGAAACUGUGGCAAUCAAGAAGGUCCUUCAAGACAAGAGAUACAAGAACCGGGAGCUGCAAACGAUGCGUCUUCUGGACCACCCGAAUGUUGUGUCUUUGAAGCACUGCUUCUUUUCAACCACUGAGAAGGAGGAACUGUAUCUUAACCUGGUGCUGGAAUAUGUGCCUGAGACGGUCCACCGAGUGAUCAAACACUACAACAAGAACAACCAGCGAAUGCCCAUAAUAUAUGUGAAGCUCUACACUUAUCAGGUGGGUUCAUCAAAUUUCCUUUUUUUUAUUUUUUUUUAUUUGCCUUGUCUUUUGGUAUUCGAGGGAUCUCCAUGGGGAUAGGUCGUUAUCAAGAGCAUUACUGUUGCUUAUGUUCUUCUUUGGGGCAUAUCAGUUCCUAGUCUCAUAUCAAAGGCGUAGUUCGGAGAACUGCAGUGUUGAUAAUAAGUCAACGUUCUCUGCAGAUUUGCAGAGCGCUGGCCUAUAUCCAUGGCAGUAUUGGAGUGUGCCACAGAGACAUCAAGCCUCAGAAUCUUCUGGUGACCUUCCUUAUUUGGUUCCUUCUAAAAUCAGAAUUAACCUUGACGUAUUCCUUUCUGGAUUUUGACUAAUCAUAUAGUUGUUCUCUUGCUGCCGGAACAGGUUAACCCCCACACUCAUCAGCUUAAGCUCUGCGACUUUGGCAGUGCCAAAGUAUUGGUAUGUCGUCUCUUACACUCUGACUGAAGGGGUAUUUUGCACAAUGUGAUCUCUAAGUGUCAUUUUGUUGCUUUUUGUGGAACAGGUGAAGGGAGAGCCAAACAUUUCCUACAUAUGUUCUAGAUAUUAUAGAGCUCCUGAGCUUAUCUUUGGUGCGACUGAGUACACCACGGCCAUUGACAUCUGGUCUGCUGGCUGUGUUCUUGCUGAACUCCUUCUUGGGCAGGUUGGGUCCUUACGCAAGCAUCUAAUUUACUAGUAGAUUCAGUAAAAGCACUUCUCAGGCAGGAUUUGUUUUGUUAGAAAUCUCAAAGUGAGAUUGGUUUCGUUUGUUGCAGCCUCUCUUUCCUGGGGAGAGUGCAGUGGACCAACUUGUAGAAAUUAUCAAGGUAAUAGAAUUGGCUGCUUCUGUUUGAUGCUGCAUUUAGUUAUUUAUUUAUUAUAUUUUAUUCCUUCUCCUGACCCGAAUUUGCACUCUUUCCAGGUGCUGGGCACCCCCACCAGAGAGGAGAUCAAAUGCAUGAACCCUAACUAUACAGAGUACAAGUUUCCCCAGAUCAAGGCCCAUCCAUGGCACAAGGUGUGCAACCGCUCUCUCUCUCUCUCUCCAUUCGUCCAUCCAUCUGUCUAUCUAUCUGUCUAUCUAUCUGUGUAUCUAUCUAUCUAUCUAUCGAUCUAUCUCUGAAGACAUGAGAACUCCCAGAUUUUCCACAAACGGAUGCCUCCUGAGGCCGUCGAUCUUGUCUCCCGCCUCCUGCAGUACUCACCAAAUCUCCGUUGCACUGCUGUAAGUAGCCGACUCCACUGAGCAUCGUCUUUUCUUUAAGCUUGGGAUGAUCAUAAGCCCAUCAUCUGGUUCGCCAUCUGUUUCAGUUGGAGGCCCUAAUUCAUCCGUUCUUUGACGAGCUCCGCGACCCCAACACCCGUCUACCCAACGGCAGAUUCCUGCCUCCGCUCUUCAACUUCAAACCUCACGGUAAACCCACAGCCUAGCCCGCCUCUGCCCAUCAGCCCUCCUCCCCAUUAGCGGAGCUCUCCCCAGGUUUUCUAAUUCUCUGAUCCCUCAUUUGGCAAUGAUGAUCAGAGCUCAAGGGGGUGCCAACAGAAAUGCUAGUGAAGCUGAUCCCUGAACACGCCAGGAAGCAGUGCGCCUUCCUUGGGUUAUGA